UUUUUUUUUACUUUUCUUUGGAGUGUGAAAACGAAAAAAUGUUGUUUAACAAAUGUCUGGAAAAGCUGUCCAGCGUGGUCAACCACAAGCUGCAAGAGAAACAAGUCUUCAAUAACAACAACUGUAAUAUCAAUAAUAAUAACAAUAGUAAUAGUGUUAACCACAAUGCGUACAACAAGCAGCGAAACUUUGAGUACGAGAGGGCCAUCCAGGCCCACUAUGGCUCCGGCAAGGAGCGAGAACGGGAGCGGGACAGGUGCAAGGUCAAGGUCAAGAGCCAAAAGGCAAAGGCCAGAAGCACACCAGCGCCAGCGGAGAGUUCACAACAGCCCGCCGUCACCUCGGUUGUUUCUUCCUCGCCUCCUUCAACGUCUUGCAUGACCCACGACGAGCUGGCCCAGAUAAUCCGAGGAGCAGCCAGCAAAAGCCAUAAUCCCUUGCACAACAAUCGCCUCAAUCGACGCCGUCCGCUUUCCGCCCAGCCGUCCAUUACCACCACUACCACCGAAUCCACAUCCUCAGCUUCCGCAUCGACGUCCACCGAAUCGCUGCAUCAGCUGAAUCAUUGCACCUCUUAUCCGGCCACGCCCACCUCGUGGACAGCUACGCCGCCGCAGUUUCCAGCGGCCUUUGGCGGAGCCAGCUGCUCCACCAGCACAUUGGCCCUCCUGGCCACCAUGCGCGUCCAGCUCCAUGGCUACACAUGGUUUCAUGGCAAUCUUUCCGGCAAGGAAGCGGAAAAAUUGAUCCUGGAGCGGGGCAAGAAUGGUUCGUUUCUCGUCCGUGAAUCUCAGAGCAAGCCCGGCGAUUUCGUUCUCUCCGUUCGAACGGAUGACAAAGUAACGCAUGUCAUGAUCCGAUGGCAGGAUAAGAAGUACGACGUUGGAGGCGGCGAAUCAUUUGGAACUCUGUCGGAGCUAAUUGAGCACUACAAGCGUAAUCCCAUGGUGGAGACGUGCGGUACAGUGGUGCAUCUGCGACAGCCCUUCAAUGCCACCCGGAUAACGGCGGCCGGAAUCAAUGCUCGCGUAGAGCAGCUGGUCAAGGGCGGUUUCUGGGAGGAGUUCGAGUCACUGCAGCAGGACAGUCGGGACACAUUCUCGCGGAAUGAGGGCUACAAGACGGAGAACCGCCUGAAGAACCGAUACCGCAACAUUUUGCCAUACGAUCACACGCGCGUCAAGCUGCUGGAUGUGGACCAUGGCGUGGCCGGGGCUGAGUACAUCAAUGCCAAUUACAUCCGUUUGCCCACCGAUGGCGACCUGUACAACAUGAGCAGCUCGUCGGAGAGCCUCAACAGCUCGGUGCCAUCGUGCCCGGCCUGCACGGCGGCCCAGACGCAGCGGAACUGCCCCAACUGCCAGCUGCUGAACAAGACCUGCGUCCAGUGUGCCGUGAAAAGCGCCACGCUACCGUACAGCAACUGUGCCACCUGCAGCCGCAAAUCGGACUCGCUGAGCAAGCACAAACGCACCGAAUCCUCGGCCUCAUCCUCGCCAUCCACGGGUUCCUUGGCCAAUGGCCACACGGGCCCAGGGACACCCACCAGCCUCUCGGGCCUCUCCGGCAUUUCCGGUGUGUCGGGUGCCACCGGUUGUCUAGCCGGUUUGCUAAAGAAGCAUUCGGGUGAGACGCCCUACGGUUCCGGCGGAGCACUGUCCAUGGCGGAGCGGGAGAGGGAAAGGGAGCGUGAAAUGUUCAAGACAUACAUCGCCACCCAGGGCUGUCUGCUCACCCAGCAGGUGAACACCGUUACGGACUUUUGGAACAUGGUCUGGCAAGAGAACACGCGCGUCAUUGUUAUGACCACCAAGGAGUACGAGCGCGGCAAGGAAAAGUGCGCCCGCUAUUGGCCCGACGAGGGCAAGACAGAGCACUUUGGGCCGGCGCGCAUUCAGUGCGUUUCGGAGAACUCUACCAGCGACUAUACGCUGCGCGAGUUUCUUGUCUCGUGGCGGGAGCAGCCGGCGCGCCGCAUCUACCACUACCACUUCCAGGUGUGGCCCGAUCAUGGUGUACCCGCUGAUCCCGGCUGCGUGCUGAACUUCCUGCAGGAUGUGAACACACGCCAGGGCAACCUGGCCCAGGCGGGCGAGAAACCGGGCCCCAUCUGUGUGCACUGCUCGGCGGGCAUUGGACGCACUGGCACCUUCAUUGUGAUUGACAUGAUUCUCGACCAGAUUGUGCGCAAUGGAUUGGACACCGAAAUCGAUAUCCAGCGCACCAUACAGAUGGUCCGGUCGCAGCGCUCUGGUCUUGUCCAGACGGAGGCCCAGUACAAGUUCGUUUACUAUGCGGUGCAGCACUACAUUCAGACGCUGAUCGCCAGGAAGCGGGCCGAGGAGCAGAGCCUGCAGGUUGGCCGCGAGUACACCAACAUCAAGUACACCGGCGAAAUUGGCAACGAUUCACAAAGAUCUCCAUUACCACCAGCAAUUUCUAGCAUAAGUUUAGCAUCGAGUAAGGCACCGUCUACGCCGGGCAGCCAGGACUCCGGCAUUUCGAUGGCCAUGGGCUUUGGUAUGCCCGGAACUGGAGGCAAUAAGCAUGCCUCCAAGCAGCAGCCGCCGUUGCCCACCAGUGCCGGCGGCUCCUGUAACAAUAAUAAUGCCGCUGGAGGGGCAGGCAGUGGCAGCAUUAAUGGCACCAAGGACUAUAGCAGCGGAAGCAGCAGCAACAACAGUCUCGGGAACGGCAGCAGCAGCAGCAACAGCAAUGGGAGCAGCAGCAAUGGCAGCAGCAGCUGCAGCGGCGGACACAGCAAUGGUAACAUGAAUGCCCUGCAGGGCGGGAUCGGUUUGGGGCUGGGCAAUAUGCGCAAGUCGAACUUUUACAGCGACUCGCUGAAGCAGCAGCAGCAGCGGGAACAGCAGCGCGAGGAGCAGGCAGCUGCUCCUGCUACGGGAGCAGGUAAGCAGUCGCCGCAUUCGCCGUCUAUGCAGCCGGCGCCGCCGAUGCGCCCGCGGCCCGGUAUACUCAAGUUGCUCACCAGUCCCGUCAUCUUUCAGCAAAAUACAAAAACAUUCCCAAAGACAUGAUCGGCCAGCGUCAGCCGAGCCAUGCAAACGCGUCCCCACAAGCAGUGGCCGCUGCGCCGCCACCGACACCGCCGCGCAAAACAUGACAAAUGAAUUUCUAAGUCGAUAAAGCAGUACAGAACACAGACACUGAGCACAGAACACAGAAAUGCGAAUGCUGCGAACGAAAAUGCUGAGAUGCUGCAAAAUGCUAAUUCGGCGAAAUUGCAACCACUUGCACUGAAAAAAAAAACAAAAACAAAACAAAAAGCAAAACCCACACGCACACAGACAACGAAUGGUUUUCAUUUAUGUCAACCCGAAACCCAGCUCCAAGCCCGUUACCGUUACCCGUUAACCGUUACCCGUUAACCGUUACCCGUUACCCGUUACCCGAACCCAAAACCCCAGUCCCAUUUUUACUGUUGUACGUACGUCCCCCUGAUUUUUUUUUUUUUUAUUAAUUAUAAUCUUUAAUCUAUAUAUUAUAUAUAUAUUUUUUUGUAGUCGUUUGUAGUGCUUGUAUGUUGUAGUUGUAUUGAAUGUAUGUAAACAUAGUUAACGUCGUCUCGCUUUAUGUUGUAAGUGUUCCCCAAAUACCCAAACCCAAAAAACCCAGGCAUAUUUAUGUAAUAGUUUUUUAAGGCAUUACAAUCUGAGCGGAACUGCAGCAGAGCCGCCAAAAAAAAAAUGCAAAAGAUAGUGUUUCUUAA